GUACAUAAUGUUGCUAAUUCUCAUCUUCGUGAAACUUGCAGCGGCUUGCAUUCCGACGCAAUUUGUUACUCCACUCAACCCAGGCACCAUAACUACUACCACGACAAUUUCGGCUCCGACUACAACCGUACCUAUUACUACUACAAAUCCUGUAUCUACCACUACUACGACUACAACUACAACCACAGAAGCCCCAACAACUACGACAACUGUGGUGCCUAUCCCUUGCAACAUUUGCACCUCACCCUACAAUGCAGGAUGUCAAGGAAUGGGAGUACCAAGUCCUACCGACUGGUGUGCGAUUAGUGGCAGUUUUCCAAUAAUGUUCAGACGAUAUCCGGAGGAAACAACAGCAGACGCUCAAUGCGUAAUAACCUUCAGCUGCCCUGCAGGCACCGCCGCCUACCUACUGACAAUUGUCGGAGAGCUUCCUGCAAACUUCGGAGGAACUGGAACGUUCAGUGCGGAUUGCUGGGACACGGGAAAUUUCAACACACCUGGAGUAUGGACUUACUACUUUUUUGCUUAUGGGGCAGCUUAUGAUUUUUCUCAAAUAAGGUGUAAAAACAUGUGAUUCUGUAUUUUGGUGUGUGAACAAUUAAUGAAAAAGAUUCGAUUUUUCAUUUCUUUUACGAUUUAUUACACUUAAAUAAAAAAUAAAUUAUUUCCGAA